UCUCAGGGCAGGUGAUCUCCAGUUUGGCGCCAAGAAGCCAAACUAUUGCGCGCAAGCGACCCAAUGGGCUCUCCGAGACCCACGACCAGUACACCAAAGGCCCACAGGGAGCUCGCAGUUGGCCGCUUGUCUCAGAUGGCCGCUUCCUCCGCGGCCAGCACUGCGUGCCGAUGUGCUGCGCGGCACGACCUGCGAGCGAGCGGACGGGCCGCCCCGGACCUCGUCCCAGCGGCCCCCGGGAGAGUCCACAGAGCUCUCCCCCCGCUGGCGGCGGCCCUGGCGGCGCUGGCGGCGGCCAACGCCCUGUGCUGCGCGGUCGCGGCGGUGAGUUACUGGCGCCCUCUUCCAGCAGGCGCUCCCGGCGGGGUCGCUUUCGAUCCGAUGGGAUCCAGCCCGGCCCGCUUCGGUACAGCCCCCACGCUAAUUUUGCCACCUCCUCGGCCCUUGCCCAGGGCCGGCAGGAAGUUUGCACAGCCGCAGGGCUUUUGCAUGGACAUUUUCAAUCUCAGCAGCUCAACGCAGAGCUGGGCAUCCAGUUUUUAGAUCAGCUGACAGAGCAAGUCGGCAAUGCUAUCGAUUCAUAGCUUGCCGCCGAGCGCAGUAAGGAUGGG